UCCGGGGAGAGCGGAUAUAGUGAAUGCGGGGUCCGGGGGACAGCGGAUAUAGUGAAUGCGGGGUCCGGGGAGAGCGGAUAUAGUGAAUGCGGGGUCCGGGGACAGCGGAUAUAGUGAAUGCGGGGUCCGGGGAGACCGAUAUAGUGAAUGCGGGGUCCGGGGAGAGCGGAUAUAGAGAAUGCGGGGUCCGGGGAGACCGGAUAUAGAGAAUGCGGGGUCCGGGGAGACCGGAUAUAGUGAAUGCGGGGUCCGGGGGAGAGCGGAUAUAGAGAAUGCGGGGUCCGGGGAGACCGGAUAUAGAGAAUGCGGGGUCCGGGGAGAGCGGGCCUCCGGGGAGACCAGAUUUGGAGUGCCCGUAUCUCCAGAACCAUAGGUGCCAGAGACCCCAAAUUUGG